AUGGCACAAGCUACCAUCAAAGACAAGAAAACCCUGCACCUGCCCGACGGACUGUCAAAGCGGACGUACAAGCAGGGUUGUUCCGAUACACGCGGACCGGGAUUUGAGCGCAAGUACAUGACGGCAUUGAAGUAG